UGCCGGGAGGCGCGUUGAGCUCAGUGUGAGGCGAGGCGUUGAACGGUUCGGAAGCAGGAGAAGAGUGGCCGACGGCGCGCCGUUCCUGCUUUUUGUGCCCACCAGGCUGCACCUGUCUUGCUCGUUAGCUACAGUUACUGCCGCCAGGCUCGGCACAAGCCGCUAUGGCUGAUCAACUGACCGAGGAACAGAUCGCAGAAUUCAAAGAAGCCUUUUCACUAUUUGAUAAGGAUGGAGAUGGUACUAUAACAACAAAAGAACUGGGGACAGUGAUGCGGUCACUUGGGCAAAAUCCAACAGAAGCAGAGUUGCAGGACAUGAUCAACGAAGUAGAUGCUGAUGGCAACGGGACAAUUGACUUUCCGGAGUUUUUGACAAUGAUGGCAAGAAAAAUGAAGGAUACAGACAGUGAAGAGGAAAUUAGAGAAGCAUUCCGUGUAUUUGAUAAGGAUGGUAAUGGCUAUAUUAGUGCUGCAGAACUUCGCCAUGUGAUGACAAAUCUUGGAGAGAAGUUAACAGAUGAAGAAGUUGAUGAGAUGAUUAGAGAAGCAGAUAUUGAUGGUGAUGGUCAAGUAAACUAUGAAGAGUUUGUACAAAUGAUGACAGCAAAGUGAGGACACUGUACAGAAUGUGUUAAAUUUCUUGUACAAAUUGUUUAUUUGCCUUUUUCUCUGUUUGUAACUUAUCUGUAAAAGGUUUUCCCCUACUGUCAAGAGAAUAUGCAUGUAUAGUAACAAACUCAUUCCUCCAUGUUUUCCCCUUUAUCUGUCAUUCUGAUAUUUUGGGAAAAUGAUCAAAGUAACAAAUGUUUGCAUGUGGCUUACUCUGGAUAUUUAAGCCCUUCAGCACUUCUACAGCUUGAUGGGGUUGGUUAAAUGAGGGAACAUCUAGGUUAUGCCUGUUAAAAAUUAGUUAUUUUAGGAAACUUAGCAUGUUGUUGAAAUGUAGUCUUAACUCUGUGUGGACUAUGGACAGUCAACAAUAUGGAACUUAAAAGUUUGCACUAUUGCAAAACGGGUGUAUUAUCCAGGUACUCGUACACUAUUUUUUUGUACUACUGGUCCUGUACCAGAAGUCAUUUUCUUCUAUGGUUACUAUGCUUUUAACUCUUUUGUUCAGCCACUUAUUUUCAAAGAAUCUGCUUAUGGCACAACUUGCCUCAAAACCAUUCCAAGUUGUAUAUUUGUUUUCCAAUAAAAUAUUACAAUUAACCCA